AUGACCUGGGUCUUUGGCGACCCUGUUAAGUGUCAACGUGAGUCGCAGUUAUCCGUUCUGGGCAAAUUUAAGAACACGGAGGGGCUUAGCACCCCGACGCCAUCCAAGACCACCUUAGCUCAGAGCCAGAUGCGCAGACUCCAAGAGCCUCAGCUGUUCACUGAGCUCGACAUGGAUGCGGUGGAGAAAAUCUUUGUGAGCGAUGCUGACUCGACUGGAGCCCUGAACAUGAAAACUUUCAUGAACGGUAUGAGGAAGAUUCUGAGUAACGUGUCGGAUGAGCUGCUGGAGGCUCUGUUUCUGAAGAUGGAUGCAGACUGCAAGGGCUCUGUCACGUGGGAGAAGUACGUGGACUACAUGAUGCGGGAGUUCCAGCAAAAGGAGAAGGUGACAAAGGGCCAGUAUCGCCUGCACUUCCAGCUGCCCAUGAGGAUCAUCCACCUGAACCACAGCUGUGAGGUAGUGAAAGUGCAGUUCUUAACUCAGCGGUAUAAGAAGACCGGGUAUUUCUUGAGUGUCACCAAGGAUGGGACCCUGCAGAUCUGGUCGGAGUCCUUUGUACUGAUCAACUCAUUUAAGAUCCAGCGGUUGCACAGCCAGCCGAUGUGGGUUAUGGACAUGGUGUGUCUGCACAACAUGAACCUGGUGGCGGUUUCAUCCACAGACCAGAAGAUCGAGUUCUUUGACAUUAGUAAGAACAGAUGUGACCGGAUCUUCACCUUCAUGGACCUGGACAGCUGUGUGCUGGUCAUGGAUUACUGGUCCGACUAUCGCAGAGGCGUGUUCUGCUAUGGGGACACCAAAGGCAACGUCAUGGUCUUCAUCUCCGACAAUGUGAACAACGGGCUGUUCAACCCCCGCUUCUUCCCCAGGACCUCCAAAUGGGGUCGCACUCAGUGGUUCACAGUUUCUGUGCAGAAGCUCCUGAAUGACAUAUCCCCGCUGUUUAGAAGUUACCGACUGAAGGCUCUCCACUCCAGCUGGUGCGAACAGGUCAAGUUCAUCCCCCAGCUGAACCUGGUGGCCUCCUGCUCGGCCAUCGAGAAGUCCUCUCUGGUGCUGACAGCACUGCCCUCCAGAGACCGCGCCAACGACCUCAGGUGGGAUCUGGAAUUGCAACCCAAACUUUGCCUGGACCUCCAAGGCUCCCUGGGCCUGGGGGUCUGGCAUCUGACAACAGAUGGACUUGCCGUCAUUCGUAAGCACACAUCUCCCUGUCUGUGCGCUUACUCGCUCCUGCUGUACUCCUCUGGAACGGGAGCUCGGUUCUCAGUGAUCAAUUUAAGAAAAGGGAUCCUUUGCUUUGACUACUGUGCAGACAAGAACUUCCUGGUGACCGGUGGCUAUGACUCCAUCAUCCGUCUGUGGAGCCCCUUCUCAAAAAAGCCAGUGUGGAUGCUGAAGGGGCAUCAGACGUCGGUGACCCACAUCCUCAUAAGCAGCGACAAGAAUGGCAUGCUCUUCAGCAUCUCGAAGGACAAGAACAUCCGAGUGUGGGACCUGCAGGAGUACACGUGCCUGCAGGCCUUCAGCGGGAAGUUCUUUGCCCUGGGAAACUGCCCCAUCACCAGCACCUACUUCCACAGGGCUGACCAGUCUCUCAUCUGCAGCACCUUUUCGAUUGGGAUCCUAAUGGGGUACUUGGAUCACCAGAGGCCCAGGAAGGUGGGGGAGAAGGCCAAGGUGGUCGGCAGGUACCUAUGCACCUUCCUCUACAGCAAGAUCUUUAGGCAGGUGGUGAUUGGCUGCCUGGACGGCCUGGUGACAGUGUGGGAGCUCGAGACCGGCAGGAGGAUGAUGGAGUUCUCUGUGACGGAUGACCAGUCCAUGGAGCUGACCGCCAUGACCCUGGAUGAGUCGGAGCGGUGUCUGCUCACCGGCUUCCGGGAUGGCGCCCUGAAGAUGUGGAACUACAAUCUCGGGGAGUGCCUGCUGACCUUCCCCAACCCGGAGGGCAUGGAGAUUAGCGCCAUUAUCCACAUGAACAAAGUGUUCUACGUGACGGGGUGGAGUAAGAGAAUCACUUGUUUCAUGUUCCACAAGACCAAGCCGGUGCUCCUGUGCUACCACUCACAGACCUUCCACACGGAGGACAUCCUGAGCAUGGCCAAGUACCAGGGCCAGUUCAUCGGGACCUCCUCCUACAGCGGCGACAUCCUCUUCUGGAACGCCAACCUGCUCAAGCCCAUCCUCAGCUACAAUGCCUCUGAGAGCCCCUUGCCCUUGCUACCCAAGAGGGUCCAGAUGCAAGAAGGGGAGGACAACUUGCUGGAGAGACAAAAGUCCAGAAGACCCUGUGCAGAUAAGUGGGCACAGAAACCCCAGACACAGCCCCUGAGCUUCAGAGCCAGGGCCAGCAGCAACGCCAAGCUGAGGAGGAACAUGAUGUCGGCCCCACCAGUGCUGAGACACCCCAGAAACAAGGAGCCAGGCGUGCGCGUGCGCUCGAAGAAAUCUCUCAGCGCAGGCAGCCCCAAGUCGUCAGUGACACCCCAGGAUCUCAAGUCAAUUCUCAAAGAAUCUGAACGAGGAAGAGGGGAUUUCCAGAAGAAGUUGCAGCAGUCCAGCGCCUCGGUGGAGAAGAUCAUCUUCCUGCAGACCAGACCCCGCCUGCCACAGACGGCCACUCUGCUGAGCAGCUGCAUCGAUGGCUGCAUUUACGCGUGGUCCCUGCACGGGGCGGGAGGCCUGCUGGGGAAGUUCCCGGUGGACCUCCGAACUGAUAGGGACAUCGUGGUGGGCGCCAUGGCCACUGACGAAAAUGACUGGAUCCUUGUUACAGGGGAUUGUAAAGGAACCAUCAAGAUCUGGGACAUCAAAGAUUACUGCAUGUUCACUGACAAGCUGUCAUCCCAAUCCUCGGAGGAAAAGACUGGAGUCAACAAGUUCCAGUUUUUAAUUCCUGAACAGGCCCAGAUCAACCUACCACACUACAUCCCCUUGGAGGAGAAGGAGGUGGUUAUCAGUGCCGGCCAGGACUGGGACGUCAAGGCUUGGAAACUGUCCGGUGAAGCCAUUGGGACGUUUGGCCUGAGUCUUUGGAAGAGCCUGCAGGUCGUUGAGACAGUUGGUGAUGAUGAACUGAGAAGGAACAUCCCGGAGCAAGCUGACCUCACAGACGCCACCCAGAAGGACCUCUUCCCAGAGCUUCCAGAGGAGCGGGAAUUUGCUGAGGCCCUGGUGUACCAGCGGCAGGAGCAGGCCGCCCUCCUGGCUCUCCUGAAUGGGAAAGAAGACAAGGAGGCUGAAGCCUGGGCCAAACUGCGAAUGAUCUCCUCCAAGUCCCCCUGGCCGGGAGAGCGCUCCCCAGAGGACAUAGAGAACAGCUGGCGGGAAUGGGAGUCCAAGGGCAAGCAGGAGAGCAAAAUCGUCGGAGCGGCGUACAAGCCCAGGGACCAGUCACGGAGCCCGGAGCUCCUGUUCACCAAAGUGCAGUAUGGCUGGAUGAGGUACCAGAUCUCGCCCCAGAUCUACCAAAGUCUUCACUUCAAUGAGCUGGUGCCCACCAGCCAGCCUGAUUUCUUGCAAACCACCCUGGACCAGCAGGGCAGGUUUUCGCUCAAGGCCUGGAGGAAGGUGAACGCUGCCAGGGCCACGUCCACCAGCACGCCUACCGCCAUGUCCCUGUUCUCCCCCUCCUGCUCCAUCUCCUUGUCGGCCUCCUUGUCUGAGGUCCCCGAGUCCAGCACGCCCUCCUCCCCAAGGUUGCAGUUCUCCCUCUCCUCGCCGCGGCCCUAG